CAGGGCAACAAGUUUUUCUACUCCAACAACGGCACCCAAUUUUACUUGCGUGGUGUUGCCUAUCAACAGGAAUACUCCGGGGGCAAUGGCAACACCUCGACCUCCACCGACUACACAGAUCCCUUGGCUGAUGCCACCUCGUGCAAGCGGGACAUUCCCUACCUGCAGCAGCUCCGUACCAACGUGAUCCGUACCUACGCCGUCGACCCCACUCAGAACCACGACGAGUGUAUGACCGCGUUGGCCGACGCUGGCAUCUACCUGAUCACCGAUCUCUCGUCUCCUUCUCAGUCCAUCAACCGCGACGAUCCCGAGUGGAACACUGAACUGUACGACCGCUACACCAGUGUCAUUGAUGCCUUUGCCAACUACACCAACGUCAUCGGUUUCUUUGCCGGUAACGAGGUGACCAACGACAACAACAACACUAAUGCCGCUGCUUACGUCAAGGCUGCUGUUCGCGACAUGAAGAAGUACAUCAAGGCCAAGAACUACCGGACUAGCCUCGGUAUCGGUUAUGCCACUGACGACGAUGCCACCAUCCGUGACGACCUGAAGGACUACCUUGUCUGCGGUGAAUCUGAUGAGUGGAUCGACUUCUUCGGUUACAACAUCUACGAGUGGUGCGGUGACUCUUCCUUCAAGACCUCUGGAUACCAGGCCCGUACCGAGGAGUUCAAGGACUACCCUGUGCCCGCUUUCUUCUCCGAGUACGGUUGCAAUGACCCUUCGCCUCGUACCUUCACCGACGUUCCCGUUCUGUUCGGUAGCGACAUGGACGACGUCUGGAGCGGUGGUAUUGUCUACAUGUACUUCCAGGAGGCCAACGAUUAUGGUCUGGUGACGGUCUCGGGUACCAGCGUCAGCACUCUCCAGGAUUUCGAGAACCUGUCAUCCCAGAUGAAGAGCGCCACUCCCACUGGUGUGAACAGCAACAGCUGGUCUGCCAGCAACACUGCCACCAGCACCUGCCCCAGCGUUGCCAGUGCCUGGGAGGCCAGCAGCACCCUUCCCCCCAGCCCCAACGACGAACUCUGCACGUGCAUGGAGGAUUCGCUGAGCUGCGUUGUCAAGGACUCUGUUUCUUCCUCCAAGUACGGUGACCUCUUCGACUACAUCUGCGCUCUCAAGGACGGCGAGUACUGUGCGGGUCAAACCAGCAACUCCACCAGCGGCACCUACGGCGCCUACAGCGUCUGCUCCACCAAGCAGCAGCUCAACUUCGUCAUGAACCAGUACUUCAGCGCCCAGGGUGCCCAGGCCAGCGCCUGUGACUUCAGCGGCAAGGGUACCACCACCUCUGCCCAGUCCGCCACUGGCACCUGCUCCUCCUUGUUGAAGGAGGCUGGUACCGGUGGCACUGGCUCUGUCACAUCUUCCCCUACCAGCGGCUCUGGGGCUAGCGCCAGCUCCAGCUCUUCUGAGGGUGCUGCUGGUAUGGUUGCCAGCCCCAUGGCUGUCUCUGUCGGCAGCUGGCAGCUGGGUGCUUACGCCGUGACUGCUGUGGGUGCUGCCCUCGGCAUGAUCUUGCUGUAAGCAUGCGAUGGAAUGGUGACGGUGUGGAG